AUGCAUUGGUUAUUCAUAGGAUCUGCCACUCUUUCGGUAUCCCUCCCAACCUCGGCUUUAUUUUCCGGAAUUGUUGACCAUGGCCACUGGAAUGAACUCCGAGGGCUCACCCACAACGCCUCUUAUAACGCCUCUCAGGCAAAAAAGUCAAGUCCGCCACUUGUCAUCGACACCUUCAAGUAUCCAACUCGCAACGACCUGGGAUUUUGGCACGGCUCUGGUGAGAAUCUACCCGUCGAAUAUGGGCCGGGCUUCAUUCGUCUAUUCCCAACAGACCCGGACCAGAACUUCCACACACAGUUCGAUUCCAAAACCUGCUACAGCCUGAUACCCUGGUACAACGAGUAUUUGCAUGUUAUCUUCGAGGGCACGGAUCAAUUUAGCAUCUCGUUUAACCAACACAACGAUGAGUGCAACCCUCAACGCAGUCCUUUCCCCAGCAUUGCAGACUCCGUCCAAGCGGAGCGGUAUGUUGUUCACCCUGCCUCAGAGGCUUUUGGGGAAAAUGACGAUUGGGAUAAUGAUGAAUAUGAUGACUGGGAUGACGACGAUGAUGUCGAAGCCGAUGCUGGGAGGAACAAACAGAGGCACGGAAGGUCCAAGGGUGGUCGACGAAAGCACCCCCAAGGUAAUACGAAAAUUCCACCGGGACGUCGUGAGCUCUAUAUCCCUCUGACUCAUUUCGAUAUCGAUUUCAAUCGCGUUGUAUCGGUUUCAUUUCAUGGUUUCUAUACCAAGGAGCCCAUUGCUUUGCAUCACGUGGAGAUCGUGCCUGAUAUUCCAAUGCCGUCGCCGGAAAAUGGUCACUAUCGCUUACCUGGAAAGCUGCCGAAUGGGAGAUUGGUUCUGCGUUGUUCUCGUCCGAAUUCCUUUGCAUUUGGUAUUGAUGAUGGACAGCCGCAGUUUGCUCAGCGGGUCAUGCGCAUCCUUGAUGAGGAGGAUGUUCGAGUUACUUUCUUCGUCGUUGGGGCUGGACUAAGGGAUCGGUCGAGCAAUUUCACGAACUUCUAUAAGGAGAUGUUGAAAAAAGGUCACCAAGUGGCACUCCAUUCGAACACUCAUCCAAAGAUGGAAUCGUUGCCAACCCUCCGUGAGAUUGACGACGAGAUCAUCCAGUCCAUGGAAAUCUUUAGAGACAAGCUGGGCAUACAGUCUUCAUACUUCCGCCCGCCAUUCGGUACAGUAGCUGCCCGGCUGCGCCAGGAGCUAGCCCGACACAUACCAAAUCCAUACAUUGUGAACUGGAGUGUCGAUGUCGAGGACUGGUUGUGGGCCAACACGUCCACCCCAGAGAAGCAGCUUGAUGCCUUCUUCCGCGGGGUUGGAAAGGGCGGAAAUCUUGCUGUCAUGCACUACCUAAAUCCAACUACCAUUGGGUACCUACCGGAGUUCAUUCGUCAUAUUAAAGGUGCCGGAUACCAUAUCAUGAGAAUCGAUCAGUGUCUGGAGGAUUUGUCCGCUCCACCGCUGUGA